AUGUCAGAACAUUCAACACCUUCGGGUAGGGGAAGAGGUAGAAGUAGAACAUCUUAUAGGACCACACCUUCUCCAGAUGCCAAUUCUGGUUCGCAAUAUUCUUCUCCUGACUCCACACCUGUUGUUCAAUCCACACAAUUCAAUCUCCAGUCACCACCCCCACCACCACCCUCACAACCUUUUGCUCCCAUGCCUUAUCAAUUUCCAUAUCCUAGAACCACGAUGCCGCCAUGGGGUUAUUAUGGUGUUCCACCAACUUUCUACCCACCAGAUGUUGUACCACCGAGUGGCCAAUAUGUUGGGGGAACUUCUCAUAUGCCAGACAGACAUUCCCCAUACACAUUCAUGCCGACACCGCAAGGACUCAAUUUAUCAUCUGCUUCUGCACAACACUCUGAGCCCAUUCCAACUGACCCGGUUGGCAUCAGCCAAGGACACGGUCGAAAAUACUUAUCUUGCGAUGAACAGUCCGAUGAGAAUGAUCGCAUAUGGCUCACAUGGAAUAAGUCUGGUAGACGAAGUUUUAGGAGCCAUUUGCAUCGAAUUAGAAAUGGGGAAGACGAAGCAAUGUGGAUGGAUCCCGACGUGCGUAAGGCACUUGAUGCAAAGUGGGCAGAAGAAAGCAACAAAAAAAUUGCCACACAAAAUAAAAAAAAUUGUGCUUCCGAGACCGGUGGGUCGCUCCACACUGGCGGGUCCAUUCCAUUCUCCUUGACUCGAAGAAGGCUGGCAACUGAAUUGAAUCGUGAGCCCAAUGAGUUUGAAUUCUUCAGGAGAACCCACACCAGGAAAGAUAAUCAAGGAGAAGAAGUGUGGGUCGAUGAUAGAUCUAGGGCCAUCGCUGAAAAAUAUGAAAGAUUGAGUGCGGAGGCAUCUUCAUCAUCCACAAGUACUGGAGAGUCCUCAUCGCCUACAGUUAAUGAACACGACAUCUUCUAUCAAGCUGUUAGUGGUCGGAAUAGAAAGGGUCGAAUAUACGGGCUGGGCUCCCAAGCUAAUUUGUUAUAUCCAUCUACCACCAAUCGAUCUAGCCAAUCAUCUUCACAUAUGUCACCAGAGUUUCAACAAAUGAAACUUAAAGUCACCCAAUUAACUGAUGAGUUGCUUGAAUCCCGGGCUGAGAAUCGGCAAUUACGACAGUGGCAAGAACAAGUGAUAGCGUGGCAGUCAGAAAUGAAUAUAGUAAUAAGUAGAUUGACAAAACAAUCUACUGCAGAUGCUGGACCGUCGACUGUUCCAGGUGGAUCUGACCCGGUAGCUGAUCAAGAUGAGAGUGACAAUCAUGAAGAUGAAAAUGCUAAUAAUAAUGACGAUUGA